CCUGUCAACUCUGAGAAACUGCAGGAUACAGGUGAGUGUUGGAGUUUGAUGUGGUUUGACCUCAAAAGUGGGGAGAGUUUUUGAAAAGUUGUUCAUUUUUAGAGGGUGUAGGCCUCUUUCUGAUUUAGUGCAAUGAUAGUACUUGACAUGAAAUUAGUCUCAAUAUCGCUGUGCUCUGUUCUAAGUUCAUGUGAUUUAAACUGCGGUCUUUCUCUAACUCAGAUUAAAGAUGUCCGGCCGUGGUAAGAAAACCGUACCCAAAGCAAAAUCUUCAAUGACCCGCUCCUCCAGGGCUGGGAUCACGUUCCCUGUGGGCCGCAUCCACAGGCUGCUAAGGAAAGGCAACUAUGCGGAGAGGGUUGGCAAUGGCUCUGCGGUCUACCUGGCCGCUGUCCUGGAGUAUCUCUGCGCUGAAAUCCUGGAGCUGGCCGGAAACGCCAGCCGUGACAACAAGAAGCAGCGUAUUGCUCCACGCCACAUCCUGCUGGCGGUGAAAAAUGAUGAAGAGCUCAACAAGCUGCUAGCAGGGGUCACAAUUUCAGAGGGUGGUGUCAUCCCAAAUAUUCAGGCGAGCCUUCUCCCCAAAAAGACCAAAGGGCCCAAGGAUGACCUCACAGCCAAAGAUGUCCAGUCUCAAGAGUUUUAAAUGUGAAUCUAUAGACUUUGUAAAAUUUUAUAUUAAAGUGUUUUAUUCUUUUUAAAA